UAUGGUGAUAUCUCCCUCCUGAUGACUCAAAAUCCACUAGUCUGUGACUGUGGGCUUUACGAACUUAUGUUGAACAUGGAUGUCGCAAAACAAGGUGUCCUUUACACAAAGACUGACUUCGAACACAUGGAAUGCUGGCUUCCCGACACGCUACGUGGUAGAAAGGUGGUAGAUCUCAGCCCUUCUGAACUGUGGUGCUCGCAGGAGUGCUACAACCGUCCGUACUAUUGUCAUUGCUUUAAGCAUGCAGACGACAUUUCCAACGUCACAACAAUUCUUCAUUUGGAAGGGAAUCAGCUAACAGUCAUCAACCAAACCGUUCUUCCCCAACUUUUGAUGAUACGAGAACUUUACCUAAAUGACAAUAACAUCUCCUAUGUUGGCGAUAUGUCGUUCAACAACUUCAACUCGCUUGAAAUCCUUCGGCUCGACGGUAACAGCAUCUCAGAGAUAAACAGCCAAGUUUUCAAGUCCAUCUCUAAUCUACGAGAACUUUACCUGAACCAUUCCGGUGUGAAAUAUCUAACCGCAGAUACGUUUCAGGACCUUGCAAAUUUACAGAAACUACACUUGGAGAACAACAAGCUCAAGUCUGUCCCAGAAAACGUCUUUGCUGGUUUGAAGAAGCUGACGUUACUCGGCAUUCACGGCAAUCCGCUGACCUGCGGCUGCGAUGUUCUGUGGUUCGCGAACUGGCUGCGGAGUAGAGCGUUCCUUCUGUCACAAAGACGUAACGUCAGCUGCGUAGCAGGUACAAAAGUAACGCGGGACAUUUUGAGUUUGUCGGCGGCACAGUUUGACUGCGAUGACCUACAGGCAGCCCAAGCAAGAACCAGACGCACCAUAGGUCUGUCGAUUGCGUUGGUCCUUUUGACGAUCAUUUUAGUGUGCGUGAUCGUCAUCGUGAAGCGAAAAGAAGACAUCCAAGUCUACCUGUACGCCAGGUACGGAUGGAGGUUCAGGGAAGAAGAAGACGACGAAGACAAGGAGUACGACGCCUUCUUAUCGUACAGUCAACACGACUUAGACAUGGUGCUGCAAGACGUCUUGCCCGCGCUCGAGAACAGGGAGCCGCCGUUUCGCGUCUGCUUGCACCACCGCGACUUUCUCCCGGGCGUCCCAAUCGCCGAGAACAUCUUAAACGCCGUCAGUGCCAGCAAGAGAACCAUCAUUCUUCUGUCCAACAACUUCUUAGAAAGCGACUGGUGUCAGCUGGAGUUCCAGGCCGCGCACGCGCAGAUGCUACAGGACAGGGCUAAUCGCGUGAUCGUGAUUCUACUGGACGACAUCCCCGCCGAAAACGCCCCUGCGGACAUCCAGCAUUACCUGAAGACCAACACGUACCUGAAGUGGGGGGACGAACGCUUCUGGGAACGGCUGAUUUACGCCAUGCCGAGACCCAGGCCGCAUGCGCAAAACGAGGACGGAGAUCAGCUGGCCAUGGUCGAACUGGACCACAAUGGUUGACCUCUUGACCCCAAAAGCACGGUUACAAAAAUUUCAAACAGGUCUAUGCCUCGCAGCUAGCCGUCUAUGCACUUUGUACAUAUAUUGGGUCAAGUUCUGCCAAUCUUUUU